UUUAUCACCCCGUAUCACGCUGGCUGACCAGAGAUGGUCGUUCAUUCUUUACAUUCUCUCCCUCCAUCGACACUCAUUCUCAACUAACUGCGGUCUUUCUUUUCUCGCUUUCUACAUCACAUUUGUAUUGUCUCGCAAUCGGCUUUGUCUAUUCAAUGUAACCUGUGUUGUUAUCCGCCCUUUCUUUUCACUAGUCCUCAUGAACCAUGACCGAUACCUCGGAUGCGCCGCUUCCUCAGAUCCGUCGGUCUGCCACUCUCCCUUCGAAAUUGACUCCACGUUCCAAACGCAGUGUAGAAUCACUGAGGCCUUCAGAAAAUGAUCUUUUUUACCACCCUGCAGCCAAAGUAGUCCAUUUCGCCCCGAGAGCACUUGCGCCCAUCCCGUCUAGCACCGCGCCAGCGGACUUCGAUUACCCAGUUGAUACGGUUGAAACCCUUCCGUGGAGAUCCCCUACAGAACGAACAGUUGCAUUUGCGCCUCUUCGACUCGAAAAGGUUCAUGGCUUGACGGUGUUCCUGAAGUGCGGCAGUGUCGUUCAUGCAAUCCUCAAGAACUCCCAAUGUUGGUGUGUUGACGGAGAAUCAACAUUUGUUCUGCGCAUUCGCCCUCUUACCUAUUAUCGUAUCGAACUUCCCAAGGAAACGGAAGAGGAUAGGAAGUCCGUGACAGCAAUGAAAGAGGCCUUGCCUCAGGUCCUUCGCUAUGAAGUCACCCCUUGUCCGUUCAAAAGGGGGUUCACGGUCGAGAUACCGGAGGAGGCCAGGGUUCCGCGGCGCAAAAGAGCAUGGCGUCCGAAAGGACGACGGGAGAGCGCUCCUAUCCUUUCAGCCUACAUACUUGAUAAGAGUCCGGCCCGCGAAGACGCUCUGACUGAUUCACUGAGCGCUGGCGAAGACACCGAUGGCAAUUUAACGGACGAUAGCUGCUUCACAGCGAAAGGUAGCAAUAGCACUGUCCUCGAAACUAUUCCUGACGAUAACGAACCUUCACUGCCCGACAAUGUUCCCGAAAUCACAGAUUUGCCUCGACGCUCCGUGUCCGAAACUCAACAGAGCUUCCAGACCUUGCUGGCAAGGUUUGAAGACACUCCUGAGCCACCUGUGAAACCCGAAAUGCCAUUAUCUUCCAGUGUUGACUCAUUUCACUCCAUCGCUUCUUCAUUGUCGUCGCCAACUGAAUCAAAUUCGGGCUCGCCUUUCCCUUCGGCUACAUCAACUGACGGCAUAGAUUUCGGUUUGCGUGAAACCAGUAACAACCAGGGUCACUCGGAGAAUCCAAAAUUCAAGAAGGUUGAUUUUUCUGCAGGACGUACUGUACCAGAAGUUAAGUGCGAAGAUUGCUGUUCACCUAGGCCCCGGGCUUCCCCCAGGGCGUCUUUCUCGGAGGAAGACUUUCGACGAGUGCCUGGUGCACUGCCGGAUGAUCAGAUGUCCAUUGCAAGCUAUGCUGGUACAUCUAAGACCACAGAUUCCAACCCCAACCUCAGCAGCAUGAGCAUGGAAUUUCGUCGUCGGUCCAAGGCGUCCCGGGAGCGAGAACUUUCGCCGAUGCCACCUCAGUCCGCUUUAGCCCUUACAAGCCCCUCGGACAAAGAAAACGCAGCCUCCCUGAUUCAGAAGACAUGCACGGUGGUCCUUAUCCCUCCGAUUCAGCUAUUUAUCGUCCUUAUCCAUAUAGCCGCUCGGAUCGUAUUAGGCCCAGCUUUGACAUCCGCCGUGGGGGAGUUGAAUCAUAAGUAUGAGUACCAAGUGGCGGACCCUCAGGAGGCUGUGGACGACUUUGAUCUUCCGCUUGCACCCGACUGUCCCAGGAAACAGUCGGUAUCCGAAGCCAACCCUUGGGAGUUGGAUUAAAUGUUCUGCCAAGGCAACUUGUGUAACUUGGCUGCCGGCGUCUCUGACGCAUAUCUCCUCUUUGCCUUCCUUUCUUUUUUCCUAUCUGGUUCAAUCUCUCGCCGUUAGUCCACUUACAGUAUUCUUUCCACGCACUCUCUGUACUCCGUAUGACGUCCCUGUUUCUAUGAUGAUGAUUCGUGCACUGUUCUACCAUAUUUGUCGGUUUUGGGUUAUUGUACGGUUUGUUGGCGGAUGGGUCUUGCUUUGACUAUUUAUUGUCUAAUGUCCCCUUUGUAAUUUAGCAUAUCUCAGUUAUAGUCAUAGCUAAUAUACCCUGCUAUUAUUCAUUCCAA